AUGUCCCAAGGACCGGGCUCGUCAACACCACCACCCCAGUUGGGGCCAUCGUCGAGGCAACAUGUCCCGGCGUCGCCAUCUCCGUCGGAGCGUAAAAUGAAGCAAUUGGGUCUUCUGUUUGCCGGCGCCGGGUUCAUGGCCGCCUCUGUCGCCGUGACGCGCAGGGCUGUGCUGCGGCGCCAACUCGAGAGCUACCCCAGGUUCUACUCAUCCAACCGGGCAUCGCUUCACAUCGACUCGGGGGAGAGGUCGCUCAUGGCCGUGCAAGCGCUCGGGCUGGCGACGCUCAACGUCACGAGCUUUGGGAUCAUGCUGACUGGCGGGCUUGCCUAUUCCUUUGACUUGUGCAACAUUGGAGAAUUAAGAGAGCGGACGCAGGCCGCGCUACGGAGACCGGGCAACUUCUCACCAGAGGACGAGAAGGAGCUGGAGAAGAUGAUGGGCCCGAUCCUAGAGCGGCUGGGGAUGCAGAAGACCCAAGAGGCGCAGAAAGUAGAGCCAGCGGCCAAGGCGACGCCAUCCAAGAAGUAG